AUGUCUCCGCUGGGGGGCGACUGUUCUUUGAUGGAUUCUGCUGCUGUUCCUUGUUUCGCCGCUAGAGGCGCCAUCAGCCGCACCUGUGGCUCUGCUCCUCCGCACACGGACUGCUUCAGACGGUUUCAGAUCCAAAGGGCCGAGUGCGUCCGUCAAACGGACAGGGUGGAGCACAGGGACAGGGUGGAGCACAGGGACAGGGUGGAGCACAGGGACAGGGUGGAACACAGGGACAGGGUGGAGCACAGGGACAGGGUGGAGCACAGGGACAGGGUGGAGCACAGGGACAGCGUGGAGCACAGGGAUAGAGUGGAGCACAGGGACAGAGUGGAGCACAGGGACAGGGUGGAGCACAGGGACAGGGUGGAGCACAGGGACAGGGUGGAGCACAGGGACAGUAAAGCUUCUUAA